AGCGCCUGUGACAUCAAGCUCAAGAUCGCUCCGCCGUCUAGAAUGGAACGUAAGAAAGUGGAAGAAAGAGAUAGACAGUGCAGUGAAAAGUGACGGUCUGAGGAGGUGGAAGCAUGUGAUGGAGCGAAAGAGUACUUUGGAGUGGUACAGGGAAAAAGAAGCCCCGCAGUGUGUCAGCUGGGAUGAUGGAAGCCUGGGUGGUGAUCUUCUCUUCCAAGCUCGAGCGCGCAGUGUAUGAGUGUGAAUGCAAGAAAUUACAGGUGUCUGAGUCCCGCAGCAAAGUGUGCCAGAUGUGUGACAGGGGUGUGGAUGAAACUGUCGCGCAUGUGAUACUGGUGUGUGGGAGGUACCGGAGAGAAAGGACGGAGAUGAUGAGGGUGGCACUGAGUGAGAUGGGCUGGGAUGUGAAUGGGAGGAUUGCAAGAACAGAGAGGGAAUGGAUGCUGCUGCUGCUGGGACUGAGUGCUGAAGCAAAUGAUAGAAUUAUAGAAGCCAUGAAGAGUUUUCUGGAAUAGAUGUGGUGUGCAAGAAAUAGGGAAUUGGAAGAUUUGUAAUGGAUACUGCUUGUGUUUUUUAUUUUUACAGGCUGUGCCGAUACGAAGGCCUGACUCCAACGGGUCACCUGUACAGCAAGAGCAAGAGCUCAAACGAACAGCUCAGCACCACCACCACCCCACAAGAAGAAAUAGACAACAGCAGAAGAAAAAGACCAUUACCACAGUGACAGUCUCCUUGCUCAGCGCUGACUCCCGGCCACGGCGAGCACUUCCCUUCAAUACCGUCACGGCGCCAUGGAGGAGGCUGCAGGGAAGGGCUGCACCACGGGCGACAACCCCGAGGACUGUCCAGUGUGCCUGACAAACUUUGAUGACAUAGUGCAGCGGCCACGCAAUCUGCCUUGUGGCCACACUGUCUGCACACUGUGCAUAGAUAAGCUGAAGGAGCAGGGCCGUGUUACCUGUCCAGAGUGCCGCAUCAGCCAUGCUGUUCCAGAGGGAGGGCAGUUCCCUGUCAGUUAUAUUGCUGAGGCUUUGAUAAGAAUGAUGAGAGAUGCCAAGGUGGCAACAGCAGCCUUGUCACCACCCAGUGCUGGGAAAGGGAAAGAAGCAGCAGAAGCAGCUGACAAAAAGGAAGUGACGGGUUUCUCCAAGAAGAUGCGUUCCUUUCUGCAGGAACAGGAGGCCACAGUUGUGGCCGCCAUCACCGCCUGCCGGGAAGCUCGGUCGCAGCUGGACCAGUACCAGACAACCCUGACAGGCUGGGGCGAGAGGCAGCAGCACCUGGAGGACAGGCUCCAGGGACUGGUGGACCAGAGCAGGAGUGCCAGAGGGCUUGUGCAGCAGGAAAAGUCCCGCACGACAGCCAUGGAGGUGAAGGUGAAGGUGGUAGAGCAGGCGCUGCAGGCCAUGCAGGAGACAUUGCGCACCCUUAAAACAGAGCAAGAAGCAGGUGUUGUGGUGACUGAAGUUUUUCGUUGCACUGGUGAGGCAGAGCAGGUGGUGCAGGAGUGCCAAGAAUGUUUCCCUGAUGCCAGCACUGUCACUACUGCCAGGAAGGUGAGAGAGGCAUCUAGUGCAGCGCUGGAGGCUGCUCAGGCUGUCCAGGCGGCUCUGGAAACUCCUUCUUCUGUUACUUCAGAGGAGCCCAGGCCCCUGUCAAACCCAGCAGAGCCCAGGCCCCUGUCAAACCCAGCAGAGCCCAGGCCCCUGUCAGACCCAGCAGAGCCCAGGCCCCUGUCAGACCCAGCAGAGCCCAGGCCCCUGUCAGACCCAGCAGAGCCCAGGCCCCUGUCACACCCAGUAGAGCCCAGGCCCCUGUCAGACCCAGUAGAGCCCAGGCCCCUGUCAGACCCAGCAGAGCCCAGGCCCCUGUCAGACCCAGUAGAGCCCAGGCCCCAGUCAGACCCAGCAGAGCUUAGUUCCCAGUCACACCCAGAGGAGCUCAGUUCCCAAUCAGGCUCAGAAGAGCCCAGGCCCCAGUCAGCCUCAGAAAAGCUCCAGGUCCAGUCAGACCCAGGCUCCACCAUCAUGGACAGAGUGAAACUCAUCUUGACGCUGAACUUGAAGGCCAAGGAUCUCCGCAGCCUGUCGCAGCCUGCCUUGAGCCUGAUACAGGCUGGCCGGGUGUUUGCAGUCCACCAGGUGAAAGGUCAGCGCCGACUUGCAAGAAUAAGCCUUGAAGCCGGCCGGCUGUGCCUCCACACCCUGAAGGAGCAGCACCACUCACUAGAUGCAGCAACCCUGCAGGUGAGUUGGGGACUUGGCCCUCCCCGGGACACACGCAUAUUUGUGCAUGGCAAGGAUGCUACAACAGAAGGCAUCAAGUCCCUUAUGAUCAAAGCCAAUGACACGGGUGUGCUCGUCAUUGCAGUGCCUGUACUACAAUCCCUACAAGAGCUUGGUCUUGAGAACAUGCAGAAAGAGUCUCAGGUGGCAGAUCUUCAGGUGAGACGAUUUGGGGUGGCGGAUCUUAAGGUGAGGCAAUCUGGGGUGGCGGAUCUUAAGGUGAGGCAAUCUGGGGUGGCGGAUCUUAAGGUGAGGCAAUCUGGGGUGGCGGAUCUUAAGGUGAGGCAAUCUGGGGUGGCGGAUCUUAAGGUGAGGCAAUCUGGGGUGGCGGAUCUUAAGGUGAGGCAAUCUGGGGUGGCGGAUCUUAAGGUGAGGCAAUCUGGGGUGGCGGAUCUUCAGUUCCUCGAGCAACAAGACUCUUUAACCCUUCAAGUCUUGCGUCUCAUCCUCCACCACGGCAGGAGAGGCCUUGCCGGAGACCUCUUCCUCCGUGCCUCCCAGGGGCAAGGAUACGGAGAAGUGUUGUGCAAGGUCUGGCACUGCCGGCACCGAAUGGCAGUGAAGUGCCAGGUGGUGCUCAGACAGCAGCACCUGCGUCAGCUCAGCUCUGCCUGCUGCCUCCUGACCAGCGGCUGA